CUGUCCUCCUCCGAGCACCGACACAGAGAGAGAGGCAGGAAAGUCCGUCCUUCGCGAUUCCAGCCAUGGUGGGAAGGGCUCAGCCCGAUCGGAGACAAUUCCCGUUGGUCCUACUGAGAUUGCUCUGCCUUCUCCCUACAGGGCUGCCGGUCCGCAGCGUGGAUUAUAACCGAGGCACCGACAACAUCACGGUGAGGCAGGGAGACACAGCCAUCCUCAGGUGUUUUAUAGAAGACAAAAGCUCCAAGGUGGCCUGGUUAAAUCGUUCUGGCAUCAUUUUUGCUGGUCAAGACAAAUGGUCCCUGGACCCCCGAGUAGAGCUCCAGCAACUUUCUCUUCUGGAAUACAGCCUCCGGAUCCAGAAAGUGGAUGUCUACGAUGAGGGGUCAUAUACAUGCUCAGUGCAAACAUUGCAUCAUCCCAAGACUUCCCAGGUUUAUUUGAUUGUUCAAGUUCCACCAAAGAUCUCCAACAUCUCUUCAGAUAUCACUGUGAAUGAAGGCAGUAAUGUGACCCUGCUGUGUAUGGCAAAUGGACGUCCUGAACCUGUCAUCACCUGGAGACACCUCACCCCUACAGGCAGAGAAUUUGAAGGUGAGGAAGAGUUCCUGGAGAUCCUGGGGAUAACGCGGGAGCAGUCAGGCAAGUACGAAUGCAAAGCUGCAAACGAGGUUUCCACAGCAGAUGUCAAGCAAGUCCGAGUUACUGUGAAUUACCCUCCAACUAUCACAGAGUCUAAGAGCAAUGAAUCUGCUACAGGACGACCAGUUUCACUUAAGUGUGCAGCCUCUGCUGUCCCUACACCUGAUUUUGAGUGGUACAGAGAUGACACUAGGAUAAAUAAUGCCAAUGGUUUGGAGAUCAGGAGCACAGGGAGCCAGUCUUUCCUGACGGUGGCCAAUGUCACUGAAGAACAUUAUGGCAACUAUACCUGUGUGGCUACCAACAAACUGGGAAUCACAAAUGCUAGCCUAUUUCUUUACAAAAAAAUAUUGCCCACACUCCCCAAUCCUUUUCCAGGACCUGGUACAGGGAUAGCAGGCAAUGGAUCAAUGUGUCUGGCCGUACCACUGUGGCUGUUGGCAGCAUCCCUGCUCUGCCUACUCAGCAAAUGUUAA